UAAUCAUGCAGUCGGCUAACUGUCAGUUGUCUUGGAUACAGAUAGCGCCGUGCCUUGGAGUCAUUUGUUUGAGCCUACUACUGCUAUUUAUGAAGGACCCAUCUGGAGGCAACACGGAAGAAGAGGAUGAAGAUGAUGAACCUCAAGUGGAAUGUUCCCUCUUUUCCUGUUUGAAGCCUCUGCUGACGUGGAGCUUUGCCCUUAUUAUGAUAGGUUCCCUUAGUGUGGACUUUAUUCACGAGGGCAUGUUUGCAGUUAUUCCUGAUUUCUUGGACAGAACCAGGAAUGAGACGGGGAAACAAUGGCCCCUUUUCUUGUCUCAGAGUUACUACAGUGACUUUAUGGUCUACUCAGCAAUCAAAUGUGCAGCGGAUGUACUCGGCAUGCUGUUAGGGAUGGAAAUCAGCAAGCUAUUGAGCAAAGAGCCUCACAGUGCAGGUCCAUGGGUCUGCGCCGUAGGACUCUUUGCCUUUACACCCAUCUUUUCUUUAUUUUUGUUUUUCAUCAAAGAUGGCAUUGUCCUUCCAUGUGUAUUCCUCUUUAUCAGUGGAGUUUUCCUGAGCUUAAACCAGGCCCUAUCAGAGGAUAUGAUGCUGUCUGUAAUACGGCCAAAAUUCUACACAAUCGCUGGACAGCUACAGGCCUUCCUGACGCGGUUGAUUGCAGGCGUAGGUGCUCCAUUUAUUAUUGAAUAUAUAUCUGUUAAGAUCCAGGAGUCGAAUUCUGAGAAGACUUCCUUUGAAUGCAUGCAAUUUGCCCUAAUGUUUUUAACAGUAGUGGCAGUGAUUGGAGGAACCUGCUUCCUUUAUUUAAAUUUGAGCUUCAGAAAGGAUCGGGAAGCAGCGGACAAGAACGCUACCCCAAGACAAUCUGAUGUGGAGAAAAGCUUGUUCAAGGUACAAAGGGGUAUAGAGAGAUACAGGGGACAGAGGAUAGAGGGGGAGGAGCUGGAAUAUGAGAAGGAAAAUAUUGUUAGCAAGGCUUCUGAUAAUAUAUCUUAUACCUUCAGUGCACAGACUGCUAUUUGGAAGGGUUUGUAUUGA